AUGAGUUUUGCAUCAUGGAAUGUUAGGGGGUUGGCGGGGAUUGGCAAGUUAAGUAUGGUUAAAACCUUUAGAAAGAAGUUCAAUUUGCAUAUGCUUGGGUUGGUAGAGACAAAAAAAGAGGUGGUGACUAGGUUUGAUGUUGUGCAGCUGUGGGGUAAUGAUAGGGCUAGGUGGGAGUUUGUGGAAGCGGAAGGUGCAUCUGGAGGCCUGUUGUUGAUGUGGGAUGUAACGGUGUUUAAAUUAAGUAACUGUUAUAAAGGUGGUAGGUGGUUAUGUGUGGAUGGAGUGAUGUUAAAGAAUAAUUUUUGGUGUGCGUUCUGUUUAGUGUAUGGUGAGCAUGAUAGGGAGGGUAAGCUCGUUGUGUGGGAAGAGUUGAGCUUCUUGUCUGGACUAUGUCAAGUCCCUUUCUGUUUUAUGGGGGACUUUAAUGAGAUUAUUCAAGUGGAAGAAAGGCGAGGAUCUACUUCUUUGCCGAGAUCUGCAGUAGAGUUUAAAUCUUGGAUUCACGACAUGGAGCUCAUAGACCUAGCUUUACCUGAUCGUAAGUUUACUUGGUUCAGAGGCCAGUCAUGUAGUCGGAUCGAUAGAGUCUUGGUUAGUCUGGAGUGGCUAGAAGAGUUUCCUGAAACAAGAUUACGAGGAGGCCAAGAGGUUUGUCAGACCAUUUUCCAAUGA